GGAAGGAGGGAGGGAGAUCAGAGAGAAGGGGGGCAAACUGAAUCGUAUAACCCACCUGACAAGGGUCUCAAAACUCAAGACAGAAAGCUGACAGCUCUCGGAUGUCCCCCUGAAUGGACGAAGAGGGAGAAAAAAUUAUAACAGCCUCACGACAAGAAGGUCUUUGGAUUACGGCGGUAAGAGCCGAUGCAGCUGACGGCUAUGAGUCGAGUGUUAUCGGAGCGCUCGCGCCCUCCCUGCACUUUUAAAUGAGGCGGACAUGGAGAAGAGCAGCAGCAGCUGGACGCGUUUACUUCACUUCUUCUUACUCGCGUUCCUUUCCUCUUACCCCCUCUGCUGCCAGGGAAGCUGGAUGUGGCUGGGCAUCACGUCCGUCGGCGUGUCCGAGAAGACGGGCUGCGGCAGUCUGCCCCUCUCCGUCAAGCAGAAGGACAUGUGCCGCCGGAAGCCUUACCUGCUAGCGAGCGUGGCAGAGGGCGCGCGCUUGGGCGUCUCGGAGUGCCGGACGCAGUUUAGGCACGAGCGCUGGAAUUGCAGCACGACGCGCGAGCCGCCGGGCUUCGGCUACGAGCUCACGAGCGGAACGAAAGAGACGGCAUUCAUCUACGCUAUAAUGGCUGCAGGACUGGUGCAUGCAGUCACUCGCUCGUGCAGCGCAGGGAACAUGACAGAGUGUUCGUGUGACACAACCCUAAGCGGCAGCGGCUCAGCCACAGAGGGCUGGCACUGGGGAGGCUGCUCGGAUAAUAUCGCGUAUGGGACGUGGUUCAGUCGCCGUUUCAUCGAUAAUGUGCCCAAGAACGGCUCAGCCACUGGGGAUGACGCCCUGCUCGCCAUGAACCAGCAUAACAGCGAGGCAGGGAGACAGGCCGUAGCCAAGACGAUGUCGACAGACUGUCGUUGCCAUGGCGUCUCAGGCUCAUGUGCGGUGAAGACAUGCUGGCGGACGAUGGCAUCGUUUGAGCGUGUGGGGAGCUACUUGAAGGAGCGCUACGAGAACAGUGUGCAGGUCCUGGAUCGCUCCAAGCGCAAGUUCCGCCGCAAGGAGAAGGAGCAGAGGCGUGUGCCAUUCGGCCGUGAGGAGCUCAUCUUCCUCAACAAGUCACCCAACUACUGCCUGGAGGACCGGCGGCUAGGCGUGGCGGGGACCCGCGGGCGCCGCUGCAACCGCACAUCUGCCGGCCCGGACGGCUGCAACCUUCUGUGCUGUGGCCGUGGCUACAACACGCAUGUGGUGCGUCAUGUGGAGCGCUGCGAAUGCAAGUUCAUCUGGUGCUGCUAUGUGCGCUGCCGGAGGUGCGAGACCAUGAACGACAUCCACACAUGUAAAUAGCCGGCCAGGACACAGCCUAACUGGUGGAGGGUUCUGCCGGCACCUUCAGGCCUUCUCUCAGAACAAGAAGCAUCAGGUGUUUGUUUCCUAUCAGGAAUCCUUUGUUUUGGACCUUGAAGAGACAAUAAAGUGGCCUCUCCUUUUCCUCUGGUGGCUGUAUCCUCAGGAAGAUGAUGACUGAUAAAAUUGUCUUUAAUAGGAGUGGAGGGUUUUGAUCCUCUUCUAGUGGACAGUCUUUUUCUCUGUCUUAGACUGGCUGCUUAAACAAACAGGAUUGUGAACAAUGUCUAAAAUUCAAGAGACCCUGCCAUAAGAGUGCAGUUCCAUUUCUAUGGAUUUAACAUUACUGGGUUGGACAAGUGGUCUCAAGUCAGAUGGUCAAACGGUACAUUAAACUCAUUAAAAACAGACCAGAUACUAUUACAGUCUUAAACUGAGUUUGGUUCAGCUGACUUGCUCUGCAGUCCUCAAUCAGGAACAUAAAGGGAAUAGAAAUGCUAGUUCUAGAGUAACUAGAUAGAAUUGGUGUAAAUAGAUGUUGACUAGGUUCUCAUUUUAAGGUCAGUAUUUGAAAAAAGGAAGAUUCCCUUUUUGGCAGUAGUAGCUGUCCGCAUCUGGAAUGUAUAGCUAGCAUUAUUUGGCUCCUUUGCCAUUUGCCAAAGGAUGUCCUUUGAAAAACACAGCAAUUAUCUGCUUUAUAAGUUGAGUAUUCAAGGUAAUAAUUUUAAACACUUAUAACAAUGACAAUAUAAACAGUCCCCAAAAUGAAGUAGCUUUUUCUAAAGGUAAAAUGUUACCUUUAAAUGUUAAAUAUAUAUAUGUUCUAAAUGUGAAUUGAAGUGUUUGUACAUACUAAAUUAUGUAUUUAGUGUCCAGCAUCAGGUGGACAGCGGUAUAAGUUAGUGAUGAUGACUGAUACCACCUUCACUUACUGUGUGUGCCCCCAUUUGCCUUUUCCACAUGUUCUCUUUCUCUACAAGUAGUGAUUCACUAGAAGUCACAGACUUGUGCCAAAUACCACAAGUGCUUUCUCUUAAAAAGAACCUUAAAAGCUAAUGCAGGUGACCUUUUAACAUAGCCCAGCUCCCUGAGUAAGCAAGAGGAUGGCAGUCAUUUAGAGCUGAAGCUAAACUGUCAAGGGCAGUGCACACAUACACACUUAUUUGGAUAUCUUUUCCAAAUGAACAGAAGGGUGGCAUCUGUUUGGCAAGUCUAACAUUUACAGUUGGAGAAUACCUUUUCACACUGGGCCUGCGCUUUAGCACUUCAUUAGGAAAUGCACUGCAUACGGUAUUUUUAAAACUUCUGUAAGGUUCAGACUGGGGCUGUCACUGGUGAUCAUAUUAGUAAUUGAGUAAUCUGCUGAUUAUUUUAUAGAAUUGCUUACAGUGGUGGUGAUAAGAACCAGAUGUCUGAAGUGUUUAAUGCCUCUAAAC